AUGGAUAUUCCCGCGCGGAUCUUAGUGGGGUUGCGGUGCCGGCCUCCGUUCGACCACGAAGUCCAUUGGGACACCACCUUCGCUCCUGCGUUGCAUUUUGGUGACCACGCCGUCCACGUGGCCCCAGGUCGACACUACAGCCAGCGUUCAUUUGGGUUUGACUACGUCUGGCCACCGUCUGCGUCGCAAGAGCAGCUGUACCACGACGCAGUGUUCCCCAUCGUCCAGCACGUUCUGCAAGGCCAUGAUGGCACGGUGAUGGCAUACGGACAGACCGGCACAGGCAAGACGUAUACCAUGGGGUUUCUAGACCCAACGCUCCCGCCAUCGCAAGCCGGCAUCAUUCCUCGCGUAUUCGAGCAUCUGUUCAACGCGACUCAGCAUGACCCGUCUGCAUGUCGCAUUUCCGUGUCGUUUCUUCAAAUUUACAUGGAGAACGUCUACGAUCUACUCGUGCCCCCCACAAACUACGGCAGCCUCGAGCUGCCCGUGCGACCAACAUCCGACGGCCGUGCGUUUUAUGUCGACGGGCUACAAUCGUACGACAUUGGAUCGUUGGACGAAGCGCAUGGAUUGAUUGGUGUAGCCAUGCUCAAUCGGUCGCUGGCGUCCACGGCACGAAACCUGACGUCGUCUCGCAGCCACACGAUGCUUAAGAUCACGCUCACGCGGGACAACCACAUGUCGACGUUUUCGCUAGUCGACCUGGCCGGGUCCGAGCGGCCAACGGCGGCUGGCAGCCAUUCACUUGAUCACGUGGACGUCUCAUUCGCGGCGCGAGAACGCGUGCAGAAACGGCUGAAUGAAGCUAAGUUUAUCAACUCGUCGCUGUGUGCGCUAGGCAAUGUCAUCGCAGCGUUGUCGCAGCCCGAAAAGCAGCUACAGUCCAGAUGUCGAGAAUCGAAACUGACAAAGCUGCUCAAGGGGGUCUUGGGAGGCUGCCAUGUCACCCUUGUGAUUGCCACCGUCGACGCCGCGCCACAGAGUCUUGGCGAGACCAUGAGUACUCUCAAAUUCGCCGCGCGUUGCAAGAAGGUUCCGCUUCGACCUGAAACUGCUGCCGAUCAUCCAAGUCAGCACAAACAACCACGUAAGAAGUCGGCCGUCAUGACGGACGCCGUCACCCAGACGAGCUUGACGAUGACGAGGAUCACGGAAGCGGACGAGGUGAUGCGGAGGACUUACGAGGCCAGGGAAAUGCAGUUGCAUAUGCUGUACCAAGAACAACUCCAUAAGCUUCGCCGGGUGCUCGAAGAAAGCGAGCGGGUCCGCUUGGGUUGCACUUCUCAUGUCGACCGCGCGUCCAUUAUGAAUCUGUCUUUGUCUGACCUUGACGUCGGCUACGUGGAAGUGAGCUCGGACGACGGCAGCAACGACAACGAUGACUUUAGCCAAGUGCCAGACCUAUAA